AAAAGAGCGCUUACAGAUUGACAAGAUGGUGAAAUACUAACUUCAUUCAGCCACCAAAAGCAGGAAAGAAAGGACUUUCAUUAGAUGAGAAACGCUCCAAGUUGUUACAAUUCUUUACAAAAGACCACAUGUUUUAUAAUAUUAAAGAAGUGGAAGCGCAAGGCUCAAAAUUUACUGGGGUUCACUCUAUGCAAAUAAAAGAUCUUUUACAAUCUUUAGUUGAUGAUGGUUUGGUUAAUGCUGAGAAAUGUGGUGUAACUACUCUUUAUUGGUGCUUUGAAUAUGAUAAACAUAAGAAGAUGAAGAUUUUGGUCGAAAAAAGUGCAGAGAAGCUAGGUGUUGUUAAUAAUGACAUUAAAAAGAUCACUGAAAAGAUUGAAAUUGAAAAAGCUAAGAGAACAAAAGGUAAUAGUCAAGAAAUGUUGAAGCAGAUUGAUUCUUUGAGAAAACAGAAGCAAUCAUUAGCUGAAAAAAUGUCCUCUUCCGCUUUUGAUAUGGAUAGGGUUGAUUCCAUUAAAAAGGAACUCCAAGAUGAAAUAUCAAAUGGUGAGAUCUGUACUGAUAAUAUUGAAUCGUUGAUUUAUUAUUUCCAGAAAAACAAUGGAAUCAAUCGUGGUGUAUUCAAACAGGAACUCAACAUUCCUGAAGAGUUCAAAGAUUUCCCGAAUCUUGAUGAAGUCUUUGCAAAGCUAACAUGAUGUGUUUUGGUGAUUGAAAACUUCAAUUAGCUAGUAAUGUUUACUUUAUGAGAAUUUGACACAUAGCAUCAUUUUUCAUUCUUAACAAAUUAAUAAACGAGAUAUAAAAUCGUUUAAGUUAUCUUAACGUCUUUUCAAAUGUUGACACAUCUUUCGGGUUGAUUGUUUUCGUAAAAAGGCAUUGUAACGGGGGUUUUUUCAGUGUAGUCUAUUUGGUGUAACUCACAAGCUAGCCAACAAAUCCUCCGCUAUAAAGCCAUCAGGCUAUCA